AUGAGAGGGCGCAUCGCGUCUACCUGCACCGUGACCUGCUUUAAACUUAGUCUGAGCGGCUUCAGGACUCUGGUCUCCGUCGUCUGCCAAUACUUUCUACAAGGCCGCUGCAAGUUUGGCAAUAACUGCAGAAAUGAACAUCCCAGAGACGGUCAGAGGCCAGGGGGAUUUGGCAACUCGUCAUGGACGCCGGCCGGGAACCAGAAAAUCGUGCCAUUUAGUCUUGAAACUAUCACAAAAGACCUAACGCCUCAAGUGGACAAACCAAUGUGGCCACUUUCGUCUUAUGGUCCCGCAAAGCACGAACCUUUGCUUGUUGCGGGUUUGGAUGAAUCGGCGGAAGAAUUGCGCGUCAAGGCGAUGCUAGCCCUGAAAUCGGGUGCAGUGAACGAUUACAUGAAAUACGAAGCAGAGAAAAUAGCUGCUGCUGACCAGAUCUACGCUAACGCACGUGCCAAUGUCAAGGCAGCAUUCGACCAGGCUGUUAAGGCUAGCGAGGCGAGCAGCGGGUCUGGCGCAAUGGGGUCCGGUUUCGGUGCAUCCCAGCCCACUUUCGGUACUUCUGCCUUCGGAAGCGCUGGUAACGCCGCUUCUGCGUCUUCAGUAUUUGGUGCACCUUCGUCCUCGACCGCCACUUCAGCGUUCGGCAAACCUGCUUUUGGCCAGUCUACGCUCGGACAGCCCGCCUUCGGCCAGUCCUCUUUGGGUGGGAAAACCGCUUUCUCCGGGCUGGGGAGUAGCAGUGCUCCCUCUGCGUUCGGGCAACCUCAGCAACAGACCACCUCCGUGUUUGGGCAAUCACAAACACCGCAAUCCACCUCCGUAUUCGGCCAACCUCAACAAUCUGCCUCGGCCUUCGGUCAAGCUCAACAGUCGAUAUCCGUGUUUGGGCAACCCCAGCAGCAGCAGACAACCUCAGUCUUCGGACAGCCACAACAGCCAGCCUCAGCUUUUGGGCAACCGUCUGUCUUUGGACAAACUCAACCAUCCACAUCUACGUCUGGCCAGCCAUCACAGCAGACGUUAGUUUUCGGGCAAUCAUCGCAACCCGGACACUCUUUCAUAAAACCCGCAACGGGCGCAUUUGGGGGUUCCGCGUUUAGUGGCAGCGGCAGUUCAGGAACAUCGGCGUUUGGCACGCCUGCUGCAAGUGGUAGUACAGGAGGGGCUUUUUCUGCCUUUGCCGGGCAAGCACCAUCUGCUUUCGGCGCUAGUCCUGCUGCUGGUCCAUCCACGACAGGCGGUUCAGUAUUCGGCCAGCCGUCUCUGGUUACCCCUGCUACCAGCGCAUUUGGCUCACCCGCACCAGCACAGAACACGACGUCGGCUUUUGGUUCCAGCUCAGCUUUCGGAAGUCAGACGCCGCCAUCGACUUCGUCGGUAUUUGGCUCGAGUACGCCACAAUCAUCUGCCUUCGGGUCUACUGGUGGUGGCAGUGGCGCGUUCGGUAGUACAAGCAAUGCAACAUCGACACCGACUGCGUUUGGCGCCGCUCAGACGACAUCCGUAUUCGGGGCUCCGCAACAGCAGCAGCAGCCCGUCUUAGCAUUCGGCGCUUCGAGUAACAUGCCUUCAUCCCUUUCUAUGUUUUCGCUGCCUCAGACAGUGCAGCCAUCCAAACCGAUUCAGGGGCCCCCUGACUUCGCUAAUGCCAAGGUGACUUAUAAACCUGAGAUCAAUAAGUACGAUGCGCUUCUUCCGCCCAACUACUUGGAGAUCUUGCCUCCGAGCGCCCGGAAGGCGUUUGAGAAUGUGAAGUUCGAAUGGGGGAAUAUACCGGAGUGGAUACCCCCAAAGGAAUUGCGAUAGGUGAUUGCUCCGAUAUUAAAUCUGGACUUCUAUGGACUUGAGCUGUAGCG